AUGUCUUCGCUGUUGGAGCAUUUGCUGGAUCGCGAGGUCCGCGUAAAGAUCCGUGACGGACGGGUUCUUUAUGCGCGACUGUGGUGCGUCGACAGCUCUGAGAGUGUGAUUCUCAUGGAUACCGUAGAGCACGCAGAUCUGAGGAGUCCUAGUACAACCACCUCUGGCGGAAAAGAAGUGCUAGUAGAUGAUGCUGGGGAAGAAGAUGAAGCUUUGAGAUUAGCGGAAAAAGUAUCACCAACGCGGUCUUCGGUACCAGGAGAACAGAUCCCAGAGAUGAAGGGGAAUAUGACGCAGCGAAAGAUAGGGCUUGUCAUGGUGCGUGGCGAGGAUAUAGUAUCAUUCAGUGCACUGAGCUCCGACCUUGACAACGCUCGUGCGGAGCUAGAUCCAACAUCGAAGAAAAAUCCAUGGCGAACAAUGGCUGCAGGCCUUGUUCGCGCGGACGAGACGGAAAGCAGCAGGGGACCAGCAGAGGCAUGUUGAAGUGGAAAGCGAACCUUCAUCUCUUAUUUGUAAUUUUGGUUGGAUGCACGUGCACCUCAUGGUCGCCCUGCUCGUUGACGUCCUUGUUGGCUUGCACAACAAGCCAUCUUCGAGAUUAUUCCUCUACCUAGUAUCCCGUGAAACUUAAACUCAUCUAAAGAGCACCCAGACGCUUCUUUUAUCACAAUCCUGUUUUUCUCCUUUAUCCUCCGCAAGUGAAUUUCACAGGCUCUAUGAGUAGACUGGUAGUCUGACGCAGAGCGUCCAAUCCAUACAGCUUUUCUGAAGCGCGCAGGU